GCGCGCUCUCACUUCCCACUGCAUGUGCAUCGCGUCCGUCGCGGGCUGCUGCUGCUGCCGCGCCGCCCCGCCGCCCCGCUUCCUCUUCUUCGUUCCACGCCGUCGUUCAUCUCGCGCCGCGCCGGAGAGGACCGAGAGAGGAGUCUCGCGGGCCGCCGAAUCGGACGGACGGACGGAUCAUGUCGCGGUCGCCGCGUCGCGAGCCAGUCGUGCAGCGAGCCUGAGCCACCACCAGCCAGCAGCCUGGAAGCGGGAACACACCACACACGCAAGAAGCGCACCGGCGCGCGCGGGCCGAACGGAAAACCACCCAAGCACGCGGGAAAAACUCGUACUAAACCACACACCAACUACCACCCCCUACGAUUCAGAAACAAAGAACAGUUCGUACACUUCUUUGCACCGACUUGCAUCAUUUCGGAGUGAAACUAUUUCAAAAGUGUUUGGCGUGAAGUUGUGCGGUUGCAACUAAAUGGAGUUGCGUGUGCCGAGUGCGGACGAGUCCUCGCGCAGUGCGUUGAGGCAGGACAGUGUACGGUGUGUGAGUGUGUAAGGCAGUGCCAUGUGGUGCGUGAAGUGACGCCGCCGCGCGUACGCACCGACGCACCCGCACGCAACAGGAGCGCGUGGGCCACGCGGUCGUCGCCGCCGUCGCCGCCGCCGCCACCCCCGCUGCUUCAUUCACGCGCGCCCUACCAGUCAUGGCGAUCAACUUUUCGGCGUCGUUCGCCGCAUGUCUGGCCGCCGGCCUCAAGGUGCCCAGACAGAUCAUGUACUGCAUUUCCCAAGAUUCGAGCGCACCGUACGUUCUCUACAAAGACGGCAUUGAUCGCACGCAGAUGCAGUGGGGCUCGCAGGAGAGCUACGCCACCAAUCUUGCCGCCCACCAACAGCAGCAACAGCAACAAGCCGCCGCACAACAGCAACAGCAGCAACAACAACAACAGCAACAAGCGCAGCAAGCACCUCCGCAACAGCAGACAGCUUCCGGCGCGGCCAGUCCACAGCAAUCCCUGAAUCCCGCCAAUGUUCCCCUGGGUGUUGAAGCCGAUACAGUUGCACCUCGUGACCAAAGCUUACCCUCACCGGCGCCAUCUCCUUAUCCCGCUACACAAGCAGAGAGCCGAGAUGAUGAUCUCCCCAAUGAUCAACCGUCAAUGGAUAUGGACACCCGGCCGGCGUCCCAAUGUUUUCCACCUUCCGAUAUUAACCAACAGAGUUAUCAACAGUAUGCUCGUGCACCUCCACCGCCAAGCGCACCGCCUCCCAUGCCUCCACACAUGCUGGGCGCCGGUAGCUUCUCAGCGUUACAUUAUCUUAAACAACCUGGAGUUAUGGCACUCACGUCCCUCGGUUCCGACGGGCCGCAGUUGGAUCAGUACAAUAACAUGCAAGACAUCCGGUCCGCUGCGGCCGCUGCUGCGGCAGCAGCAUCCCUUCCGGACGUUAUACAACAGCAGCAACAACAACAGCAAAACGGCAUGAAGAACUCUUCUAAAGGACUGGGCAAUGAGCUGAGGCUGUUUAAAUGUCUCACCUGCGGGAAAGACUUCAAGCAGAAGAGUACUCUGCUGCAGCAUGAGCGUAUUCAUACCGACAGCCGUCCCUACGGCUGUCCCGAGUGCGGUAAACGCUUCCGUCAGCAAUCACAUCUCACGCAGCAUCUGAGAAUUCACGCCAACGAGAAGCCCUAUGCGUGCGUCUACUGCGAGCGGACCUUUCGCCAGCGCGCCAUUCUCAACCAACACUUGCGCAUUCACUCCGGUGAGAAGCCGUACGAGUGUCCGGAGUGCGGGAAGCACUUCCGACAGAAGGCCAUCCUCAACCAGCACGUCCGCACACACCAAGAUGUAAGCCCUCACCUGGUGUUUAAAAAUGGUAUUCACCCAACGCUGUGGCCGCAGGAUGUUCCCUUCCCGCCUGAUGAAGGUAAGGAAGAAGUGGCGUCGACGUACGGAGACGGCGACUCGCAAACGGACCGCGGCUGCUUUUCACCGAACAGCGUCACCGGCAACCUUCAGUACCCGUCGUACUUCAAAGACCAGAAAGGCAUGAGCCAUUCCGUCUUCGGCACAUCGCCCAAUUUCGGCGCCCUUCACUAUCUGAAGCAACAACAGGGCAAUGGCAAAGGACUUCCGGACGUGAUACAACACGGCCGCUCCGCCGGCAUGCCGCUGUACGUGCGUUGUCCCAUCUGUCAAAAGGAGUUCAAACAAAAGUCCACGCUCCUACAGCAUGGCUGCAUACAUAUCGAGUCGCGUCCGUACCCUUGCCCUGAGUGCGGCAAGCGUUUCCGACAGCAGUCGCACCUCACGCAGCAUCUGCGUAUCCACACGAAUGAGAAACCCUAUGGUUGUGUGUACUGUGGUAGGAAUUUCAGGCAGAGGACGAUCCUCAACCAACAUCUGCGCAUCCACACAGGCGAGAAACCGUAUAAAUGCCAGCAGUGCGGUAAGGACUUCAGACAGAAAGCUAUUCUAGACCAGCAUACCAGGACGCAUCAGGGGGAUCGACCGUUUUGUUGUCCGAUGCCCAAUUGCCGCAGGAGGUUCGCCACCGAACCGGAGGUGAAGAAACACAUCGAUAAUCACAUGAACCCGCACACGUCCAAGUCGAGACGCGAGUCCGCCGAGUCCAAACUGAACGUGAAUAACAACAGUUCGACGCCCGGUGGUGGCAAUGGCGGUGGUAACAAUAACGUCCCUACAGGCAAUGGCGCGAGCGUUGGCGGUACUUUAGGUGGUGCAUUGAAUAUCGGACGUGGGGCACUCACACCAAGCGCCGUCAUCAAACCAGAAUUGUACUUCCCGCAGUGCUACGCACCUGGUUUCAAUCCUCCGACGAGUCUGGCGCAGUUCCCUUCCGGUACGCCAGAGUUCAAGCCACCGAAUGGGGCUCUGCCUGCGCAGUGACCGACUGCCGGUGGUGGUUGACGACAACACAUCGAUUAGACGAAGCAACACAACAUAACGAAAGAUUCGAAACAAAAGAAACGAGGGGAAACAAAAGAAACGCAAACAAAACACAUAAAAAUGAAAGGUAAAUAAUAACGAACAAACAAAAAACACUAUCGUCGACAAAGGGGAUGAAAGAAUGAUAAAAACAGUCACAAAUCAAGAAAAGCUCGCUAGCAUAGAAAACAAUGGCGAAUCUUUAUUCUGUGUUAUCUUUUAUUUAGUUGGCGGCCGAUAUUUGUUUGUUUUUUUGAUUAAUUAGCCCCCGGAAAGCAACGCAAUACUAUUUUUACACAUUAUCGAACGCGAGCAAAGAGUUUGCAAAACUUUGAUUUGCGCACACGUUCUAGAUUAGUGGAUUUUUAAACGUUUUUUAACGAAUACGAUUUUAUUGUUUUUAGUUUUUAACGCGGUUGUACGAGAUGAAUACAUGAUGAAUAAUAUGCCCAAAAUGUGAUCUCUUAAAUGUAAUAUUUGUAAUAAUCGAGUAAGUUUUAAUACGGGAUGCAGGCCCCCCGGGUGUGGAAUUCACCUUAAAACAAAUGGAAAUUUUAAAUUAAAUUUAACCCCCAAAAAGUAAUCUCUCAUAACCUCACUAAAUUCGACGCGCGAAAAUGAUCUCAUGAUAUGCAGCUCAAAUGUUUUCAAUUGAACUUGGGGAGAGGUACAAGACGGUACUUAAAUUUUUGUUUUGAACAAACGAUACGAUUUUACAAAGUACAUAUAUUACUACUUAUUGUGCAAUUAAAUACGAUGAUACGUUACACAAUCAAAACAACAAAACAAACUUAUGAAAUAAGUCUAAAAAUUGCGCGCGGCCCCUCGUUGAAUGUAUUUUACACGAACAGACAAGAUAUGAACACAUAAAUCGUAUACGAUUAAUUUUUAUAAAUGUAAAUGGAUAUUUAACGGUUGAUUAUUGCGUGUGUAGGCGGGGAUAAAGUGACACUUUUUCGGUUUUUCGACAGACGAGUGAAUUUCCAAAGCGUAUACAUAAACGAAAGACGAUUUAUAUAUAAAAAUUAUAUAUAAAUAUAUUUAAACACGUAAAUUACGAGAAUUAUGAAUGUAGUCCAAUACGACUGUAAGGCACAUAAGACACACGUCUGAAUUAAUUUUUAUCUCAUAGUUUAUUUUUUAUUUUUUAAUGCAACUUAUUAAUUGUCUCGAUUUCUCUCUGUUUUUUUUUUACAUAGUACUUGUAAAUUUACCCUAUACAUAUUAUGCAUAUUGAUUUUUGAUUAUUAUUUGAUAACUUUUUUUGUAAAACCUAUAUUUAGCCGUUAAUUAAUGAUGGUGUGAAACGAUAUUAUUUGUUUUGUUUUUCUUUUUAAUUUUCUUUUUCUGCACUUUUUUCGAUUUCUUAGCGAUACACACACACAGCAAUUAUACGACGUAAAAGGUAAUAUUUUAAAUGGUUACUGUUUUGCGGAUAAACCAGAAACAAACGAUUGAUAGCGUUAUUUUUCUAUAAAUGUUACGCAGUGAGCAAAUCUUUGAUCACGACGCCAUUUUCUUAUUAAUGUUUAACUAAAUAAUCACUGAUUCUUCACCAAGUUAAUAACAAGAGAGUCUUCCGGUGGUUUUAAACUUUUAUUUUUGCCACAAUUCGCAAUAAAUAACUAAUUCCCAACUGGGAAUUAUUAAAAACACUUUUAUUUUGUUUGUAUAUACAUGGUUAAAGCAUAGAAAAGCAAUUUUCGUGUACUAGUGCAAAAAUAGACAUUUUGUACUAGUGUGAAGUCUUCAACAUAGAUGGUUUAAUUUAAUUUCAUGUUAGUAAUUUAAAAAUAGCCAAUUUGCCGCCGUCGCCGCAAUAGCAAUUACAGUGUCUUCCAUAAACUGCAUAAAUAGUUAACGUAACGAAGCAGAUACAAAUGCAAAUACUACAAUACUUGAAUUUAUAUUUACAAUAAACAGUUGCCAGAUGACAGAUACAGAUUUAAUUGUUCCGCUAUUACCGAUACCGGCUAUUUUGUUGACAAGUUUACAGAUUUUACAAGAGGUAGCAUAAACAGAAUCAAUUGCCAUAAACAAUAAGACAGACGUUGUGCGUGUGUCAUUUGUUUGUUACAUAGGUACAUAAAUAGGAAACGAAACAAUGGAUUAAAGAUAGAAAUAGAAAUAACCACAGCGCCAUCGGGAGACUACUCGCUACUGAAAACUGAUAAUUAAACAAACUUGUAAGCUUUGCAAUCCCUCCAAAGCAGUCUUACUAACAUUUUUCGUUUUUUUUUAACUAUAAAUUUCGACUUUUAAGAUAUUUAACACGUUUUUAAAUUAUUUCUUUAGUUGUUUAUCAAAAUUGUAUAAAAUUUCAAAAUUGGAAGUAAAACAAUUAAAUUGGAGCUAAAAGACUUAUCGAAUCGUGAUAGCAUUUAACUUUAAUUAUUUUUAAUUAUAAUAAAAAAUGCGGUUAAGGAAUAUGUAUUUACUCUUUGGAUAUUUGGCAAGGAUGAAGAAUAAGGGUCUAAACCAGAAUAAAACAAUGUUUUUUUUAAUUAUUAAAACAUUUAAACACUAAAAUUUAAAAUUUUAGAUUAGAUUUUAAAUUAAUUGAAACAGAAACGUUUAAUUCUUAUUAAAAUUGCUGCCUAAAUGCUUUUAAACUCGUUUUUUGUUUGAAAUUUAUCUGGUUUAUGACACUUUGACUCUUCCUAUGUCAAAAUAUGAUUUCUAAAUGUUUGAAUAAAUUGUCCUAGACAACCCAACACAGAGAAACAGGUAAUCUUCGCAGAAGAUCAGUUCUCGUAACAUUUUUCAUCGAUCAUUAAAAUCUACGGAAUACUAAGCAUUAAAAUAACUUACAAUCUAAGAAUAAGCUGCAAGCUAUAAGUAUACAUAAAGUGAAUAAGUGAAAGAAUACUUAUUAUUAAUAACAAAUUGCAAUUAUUUCUACUAUAUCUAUGUACAUAAUAUACAUAAUAUUAUAUUCAUAUACAUACAUUUAAAGAUAAUUAUAAUUGACAACUACAACUAACGAUUGAUCACACGCAUUUAAGAUUACAAAAAAAAAUACAUGUACACACACAUUCACACACACAAAAUUACUAUACCUAAAAUAAACAAAUUCGUCGCAUAUAUUAUACGAAUAUAUACGAUUUACAUUACGAGAUUUAAACGUUCAAAAAUAACAAGAGAUACGAUGAUGAUGCGUGACACAAAGACAAAGUGAUUAUGAAACGUGUGCAAUGCAAAAUGAUGCUGAUAUACAGUGUGAGAAACGAAUAGAGUUAGGUUUUAGGUACGGAUAAGGAGAGAUAAAAGAUUGCUUUCUAUCAUGUUGUUAUCCGUAUUGUUUCAUUUAUACACGCAGGACAUUACAAGAAGUCACUAGGAAAAUCAAAUUUUAAUGGUAGUUCUUGUAACGCUCUGUAUAAAUGUGGAAAUUGAUAAAUUGACAAAGCAAGCGUUCGGAUAUUGCUUCGAGUUGUGUGAGUUUUUCGUUUCUCUUUAGUUCAGUAUGGAAAAUUUAAAAUUAACAUUCGGAUUUUACCUUCUCAUUCAUAUUCUUAUUCUUAAAUCUUGUUAUACUUUGACUGCGCGUAAACGAAUUUAUUAAUCUCUCAUAUUUUUACACAAUACAAGAUAAUAAACGUAUUGCAACAAACUACAAGUGCCAUAGAAUCUUAAGACGUUUGAUUUUCUACAAUUGUUGUUUCUGCAAUAUUUUAACGAUGAAUACGAAACGAACAAACAUUAAUAGUUGAUUAAAUGAAUAAAUAGCGCGAACGCGAGUAAAUAUUGAACAGAUUCUUAACUCAGCGGUGUAGGUGAAGUAAAAGUGAGUAAAAUUAUGAGUUUUGUUUAUUUUAUGUUUAUUUUUGCGUAAUUUAUUGGUAAUAAUAUAAUCUAAGGUUAUAAACCGUUGUUCUUCACUUAUACCAUAUUAUAAAAUUAGUUUCCAAUGCAUAACACGUAUUUUGGCAGUAAGUUUGGCGAACAUAACUAAAAAAACCAAAACCUUUCGAAUGUAUACGAGUGUAUACGAAAAUUCAUACGAAUCAUACGAUUAACGACGGUCGCAAUUAUGAUCAGCUGUGAAACCUAUCAUUUUCUUGCCAUUUUCGAACAUUCGAAGGAAGAUUGUUUGUGAUAUAUUCGACGACGUGCGAUUGUUCCGAUGUUCGUUUGUGUUCUAAUAAACCGCUAGCGCUUGUUUUUCUGGUAGUGGCGGUGGCGAGCGGUGCGAGGAAAAGUGUUUUUACAACUUGCAACAAUGUUUUUUCAAGACGCGCGCGGCACCGUUUUCCUUUGCGCUAUUUUCCGCGUUUCUGUUAUUCUUGCUCCCGCGCGCGCGUUUCUCCGCAGAUGGAAAUUGGUUCGACGUAAAAACGCAAAGAAAACACCGACAUAAAACGAAAGGAGCGCCAGGGAAAAUGUAAAGAAAAAGUGCUGGGAAACUCGAAUAAAACGCGAUGAAAAAACAACACCGACAAGCGCCAACUAGGCGAGCUGAGCGUGUGUGUGUGUGUGAACGAAAUAGGAAAAGCGGAAAAGGGGUUGUUGUCAUACGGUCGGUGCUGUCGCCCCGUGUCGUCUAUUUGUUGUUGUUCGCGCUUGUAAAAACAUAAAAACAUAAAAAUUGCGAAAGGAGCGAAAGCAAAAAAUGCGCAUGGCAUUUUCGCCGCUUGGGGAGGACGCGCAAAGCCGGAAAAUUCGCGCGUCGGUAUCGAAGAAGUUAAGAAAACGAACACACGGACCUCGGAAUACCGCAAAUCGGAACACGUGGGAAAACCGUUCGAAGGAAUAAAUAAAAUGUAAAUAAAUAAGACUGGCGUAUAACUUUGACAGGGUUGUUGUUCUAGGAACUAAGAAAAUAAGCAAACAAACGAGACGAGAAACGAAAAUGUAAAAAUGAGUGUCUGAAUGAGACAAAAUUUAAUAUAACAAAUAUAAUGCAAUUUGUUUAAUUCAGACACUUGAAAAAUGGCAAGAUUCUUAUUAAAAAAGAAAUCAAAAGAAACUAUUGUAAAACAAUUUAUUUUUGGAUGAAAGGUAAGAAAGCAACAAAAAAAGCAAAUUCCCUGAAAAAAAAAAAACACUAAUACUAUUAUCUUAUCAUUUAACUUCUCUGCUAUCUGUUUUAUUAUAACUUAUUGCAUAAACCGCGCUCAUUUGUUUCGGGCGGUUUGCCACCAGAGUUACAAAACUAACCAAUUACAAAUAAACAAUAAACAGAGAAUAGCUUUUACAUAUUUAACUACUACAUACAACAGAACAGUGAACCUCAACACGUUGCCAUUAACUCUACCGAAUGUUACUAAAUGCUCAAAUACAAUAUUUAUUAUUACAAGAAUAACAAUUAACAAUAGGUGCGUUACAUACAUACAUACAGAUGAAUACAGUUUUAUAAUUGAUAAAAUGCAAAUAUACGAAUACCAAGGAUCGUCUACGAACUGGAAAUGUUAUCGUUAACAAUUCGAAGGCGGGUCAUUUUAUAUUUUCCAUGUAUGUUUGCUCAAGAGUACAAAUAAUACACUUGAAUUUAAUUAAAACGGCGGAAACGAAAUUUUUAACUUCUUCAAACUUGACAUGUUAUCUGAUUGAUGUUUUUCAAUGCUCAAAUAUCCUUAAACAAAAUGUGUACUACUUAAUUUACGAUGUUUGAUUGAAUGUAAUUUGUUUAAAAAUUGAACACGAAAAGAAAACACUGUUUGCGAUAUGAUUUCCGAUCGAUUUGUAAGAUUACGAUUUCGGCGAUCGUACGCUGUGAGGAUGAUUGCUGAUUACGAUGAUGAUGAUGAUGAUCGCGGUGAAGGCGAAGUGGAUCAUGUGGCGAUGGUGAUAAAUUAUGAAUACGUGGAGAUGAAUAUGAUGAUUUUGAAUCUCUUUGUAAUAUCGCAUAUUUAAAAAAUAAAUAUGAAUGUAUUUGUUAA